UAUUAGACAUUUUGGAGUUUAUUUAUUGUUCUCUGCCUCUUGACCUCUGAGGAUGUAGACCUACAGGAAGAUGGGUCGUGUUAUUUUUCUUGUGUCUUUGUGAAGUUUUCUUCACAGGGUAAAGUUCAUCACCAGGUUAUAAUAAAGAAAUCUAUAUUUGUUUAGGUUACAGCGCAACGCAUAGACGCUUUUGUCUCCAUCUGUGCUCUUCUCAUGAUGCUUGUUGGCUCUCAUUGGUUGAAGUGAUCGCUGCCAUGGUUGGAUAUUAGCAUAAAGGAGUCAAGAGGCGAAGCGAUCCGCUUGGGGGGCACACUGGUGAUGCGUCACAGCUCUUUAGGGAAAAAAUGAGACAAAAGAGGGACGAAAAUAGCGGUUAAUGUGCGCCAAUGGCCACCAAGUCAUUUGUGGUCUCAGAGCAGAGAAGAAAGGGGUCACAGGUGAUGGAAGGCAUGAGCACAGCAGGCGUGAGAGACUGCACGCGCCUCAUCACAGUGAAACGUCGCCAUGGAUAGAUGAGUGGUGAGAAAUCUCUGCAAGUUGCAGAAAAUCUGCGAUUUUCUCACGUCACUUCUCGGGAGGUCAUGCGUCGAAUGUGGUUGAGGAAGCUGAAGAAAGCCACCUUCACCGAUGAAGAAGUUCAUCUGCGCCUCUCCUUUUACGCGCAGGCGAGGUGAGGACAGGGAGCACCACGUAAAUGUGGAGAAACCUCAAGUGAGGAGCUGAGAGAUUUAAAGAGGACGAAAAGAAGCACAACUACUAUUUGAAACAUUUAUUUAACUUUUUCUUUAAAACAAUUUUUAAACCACCAUGGACGGAGAAGGAGGCUCGAGCGGCUUGGCCAAAUCAGCUGCUGUGAAACUGUCCGAGAUGGGUGAGAGAACCAAGCAGCUCGGCUCCGCUAUGAGAGAUCCCCACCAGCAGAAGCGGAUCAUACUAGUGAUCGUCUGCGUAGCUCUGCUGCUGGACAACAUGCUCUACAUGGUCAUCGUGCCAAUUAUCCCGGACUAUCUGGCUGAUCUGGAGACUGAGCAGUCAGAGCACGUCCACGUUGUGUUGCACCCCAACACUUCAGCCAACAGCACAAGUCAAGACAAAAGCAACAAGGACAAUUUAGACAUCCAGAUAGGGGUUCUUUUUGCAUCUAAAGCCAUCCUCCAGCUCUUAGUCAACCCGCUGUCGGGAACUUUUAUUGACCGAGUCGGAUACGACAUCCCGCUGAUGAUUGGGCUCACGGUCAUGUUCGUGUCCACCUGCAUUUUUGCGUUCGGGGAGAACUACGCGACCCUGUUCGUGGCCAGAAGUUUGCAGGGUCUUGGCUCCGCUUUUGCGGACACGUCUGGAUUUGCGAUGAUUGCCGACAAGUACACAGAGGAGGCGGAGAGGAGCAGGGCGCUCGGCAUCUCGCUGGCUUUCAUCUCAUUCGGGAGUCUGGUGGCGCCUCCUUUCGGGGGCGUCCUGUACGAGUUUGCGGGAAAGAGGGUCCCCUUCAUCGUGCUCGCCUCCAUUUGCCUGGCGGACGGCGUCCUGCUGCUCACCGUCAUCAAGCCCUUCUCUAACAGAACUAGAGAGAACAUGCCAGUGGGCACCCCCAUGUACAAACUCAUGAUUGACCCCUACAUAGCUGUGGUGGCCGGGGCGCUCACGGUGGCCAACAUCCCGCUCGCCUUCCUGGAGCCCACCAUAGCGAACUGGAUGGAGACCACCAUGCACUCCUCUCAGUGGGAGAUGGGACUCACUUGGCUCCCGGCCUUUUUCCCUCACGUCCUCGGUGUGUACAUUACUGUUAAACUAGCAGCCAAGAACCCACACCUGCAGUGGUUCUACGGAGCUUUGGGUAUGGUGAUUAUAGGCGCCAGCUCCUGCACAGUACCUGCAUGUAAAACUUUCGGACAGCUCAUCGCCCCGCUGUGCGGCAUCUGUUUCGGCAUCGCGCUCGUGGACACUGCCCUGCUUCCGACGUUGGCGUUUCUAGUUGACGUGCGUCAUGUUUCCGUGUACGGCAGCGUUUAUGCCAUAGCAGACAUCUCCUACUCCAUCGCCUACGCAAUGGGUCCAAUAGUAGCCGGGCAGAUCGUGCACAACCUGGGCUUUGUGCAACUUAAUCUGGGUAUGGGUCUCGUCAAUGUGCUUUACGCGCCAGCGCUGCUGCUACUGCGCAACGUGUGCCAAAUGAAACCGUCCUAUUCAGAGAGGGAUAACCUCUUAGACGAAGCCCCACAGGGGCUUUAUGACACCAUCAAACUGGAGGAGAUGAGAGGCAAAAAGAAGGGCUACAAUUCGGCAGGGAACUGCCUGUCGGUGGAUGAGAACGGGUUUGACCCCUUCAGAGCGCAGCGCUCCGUGUCGGAGGAGUCUCCCGGUCCAGAAUACACCUGAACAACCUCCCUAAACAUUCCCGCCAUGGGAUUUAUCAUCUGGACUUAUUCAAAAUUAGUGAUUUCAACUUUUAUGUGUGCAAUAUUAACACCCAGUCAACAAAAUCAUGAUUGUGUGACCCAUUUGCCAAAGUUUGUUUGUUUCUUUCUUUCUUUCUUUCUUUCUCUUUCUUUCUUUCUUUCUUUCUUUCUUUCUUUCUUUCUUUUUUUCUUUCUUUCUUUCUUUCUUUCUGACUGUGAUAUUGUAUCAAACACAAAUCUAUGUGGGCGUGAAACUAAAGUUUUUGUCAGAGUCGUUGUUUCACACUGACUAUUAUUUGUUUUGAAACGAGUAUAAAUUAUUGUGGGACCAAGUUAUAGCGGCACAUUCCCUUUUCAGCACAAAAUAGAAUCUAUUUUUAGUCUCAAAGGAAACGUAUUCCUCCUGCACAUCAAAGGCCUCUGUUUUUCUUUUGCGAGUUGUCCAAAACGUGUUUCAUAUUUUCUUUUUUAAUGUUUUUGUUUUUUGAAAGUUAACGCAUCAAUAAAUGGAUUUGUAUAUAUGUGGAUACAUGCACAAUGUAAAUUGUUUACGUGGAAACGUGUGCGCGCGCCUGAGUAUUUUGUCAUGACAUAGCUGAUGAAAUCAGUCCCCUGAAGAUGGACAAAUGUGCUCAUUUUAACAGCUGUCGUUUUAAUAAACAUGUUAUGAUCUGUGUCA